AUGAGUGCUGGAGUGGUGAGGAAGAGGAGGAAAAGGAGUAUGAAGUUCUUGUUAUCCAAGAGGGGUACUCGGCAGAAGAUGAGGAGCAGGACAGGGGGGACAGUAACAGUAUUAAAGGGUCCCAUGACUAUAGUGGUGAACACUGGCCACCCAAAAGACAAGGAGGCCAUCCUGGAGGGCCUGGAGAGGAAUGGCGUAUCGGUAGAUGAUGUCGAGUGCUGUAUCUGCACCGACUGCAAUGUGGAUUUCGUGGGAAACCUUAAUCUCUUCCCGGAAACAGUCUACAUUGCAUCCGUUGACAUGUGCCUGGGUGAUUUACACCACAGACGCCUCGCUUCUGGCCGACCAUUUCCCAUUGACAAGCGUGUAGAGGUCAUCUCCACGCCAGGGUCAUCAUGUACAGACAUAUCUGUCUUGGUGAAGGACACAUACCUUGGGACAGUAGCAGUUGUCGGCGACCUGUUUAGAUGCCGGGAGGACCUAAAAGAUCCAACACUUUGGAGAAGGGACAGUACCAAUCCAGAGCGGCAGGAAGUCAGCAGGGCCAAGAUUCUGGAGAUUGCUGACUAUAUUGUUCCUGGUCGACGACCAAUGUUUAAAGUCCCUGUAUAA